AUGGCAGCUUCACCCAAUAACAUUUCUCUUGAGAACCGCCUGGAAGGUUAUGUAGGAAACCUCAGUGCUGCACAGACUACUGCACUCAAACAGCUUUGGAUCAAACUAUUUGCUUUAUUCAAGCAAGAAGGCCAGCCUUACGUUGUUCCAACCAAGCCAGCCCAACCUGAAACAAAAGCUACGGGUGGCUUCUUUGGGUUUGGUGCAAAGGUCGAACCCGUCCAAAAGGAUGUAUUCUUGGGCGCAACUACGGAUGAGAAGUGGUUGACUCUUCCUGAAGAAAAGGCCAUUGAACUGAUUCCGGGUAGUAUGCUUCACAAGACUUUCUGGAAUUUGGUCGCCACAGACAACCCCGAUGCUUCUCUGUGUCGCUUCUUGCGGGCUCGUAAAUGGGACUGCGAAGCUGCUUACAAGAUGUUGAUUAAUACCUUGCGUUGGCGUCUGGUUAUGCGUGUGGAUGAGAUUGCUUCCCUUGGAGAAUCGGGUCUGAGAGAUCUGUUGAAUAAAUCUCUGGAUGGAAUGGGUGACUCGUUUAUUAAGCAAGUACAUUCUGGAAAGGCUACUUUGGGUGGACCGGAUAAGGCUGGCCGUGUUGUCUGUUUCAUAAAUGUCCAGUUGCAUCAUAAAGAAGAGCAGUCCCUCGAGGUCGUCAAGCUUUUGACCCUCUACAUCAUGGAAACAUCUCGUCUUGCUUGUGGAUAUCCUAUGAACAACGCAGGUCUUGUAUUCAACCUUGAGAAUUUUACUUUGAGCAACAUGGACUUUGAGUUUGUCAAAUUCCUGCUUGGAUGUCUGGAGGCUUACUAUCCUGAAACACUCGGCUCUUGCUACAUUCACAAGGCUCCCUGGGUAUUCUCAACUGUUUGGGCAAUGAUUACACCUUUGUUGGAUCCCGAAGUGGCUAGCAAGAUCGUGUUUACCAAAGAUCUCGAAGAGCUCACAAAAUAUAUUGAUGUCUCAAAUCUGCCUGUCAUCAUCACCGGAAACCCCAACCGUAAGACAAAGGACGAAAGCACCAAGGCUGAUCCUCCUGCUCCCGGGACCCUCAAUCCUCCCCAAACACCUGCUGUCGUGGCAUUUUUGGGCGCACUAGAAAAAUAUGAAAUUGUUACCAAAGCAUGGGCAGAGACCCAGACCGUAGAAAACGAUACCGAAGAUGCCAUAAGACGUCUGGAAAACGGACGAGCUUAUCGUGUUGCUCGUAUCAAGGCCGAAAAGGACCUUAGAGGACCUACAAUCUAUCAUGCCAAGGGAUUGGUCAAGGUGACAGAUGAAGGCCGACUUAUCCUUGACUUUGGCGUUGAUAGUUCGGGUCAAAUAGAUGUUACUGAGUGCGUUUAA